CAAGUUUGACAAUUCAAUUGGCACGAAGGCGUGGGUGGCAUAUCAGGCAUAAUAAACUCUCCAGUAUUGUCCUCACUGAUCCUAACAACCUGGGAGACUCAUGAUCAUGACAAGGGGCAGCCCCUCCAUGUCGCCAUGCCUGGCUCAGAAAACACCCUGAAGGCCGAGCACAAGGCCCUUGCUGGGGACAACGAAUCACAGGACAGCCAACAAAUUCUCGAAGCUUACAUGAGGCAGUAUGGGAUCGGCAAUACAAACUGUUCUCAGGAACCUGCUGAUCAGGUACUAAAACCCGGAACAAAAGAAUUUACAACACCUGGAGAUCUUGGGCUGAACGGCGAAAAGUUGCCAAUACUUUGCCUCGAGCCGCGAGACGCGAUUGUUCAAGAUCGCGAAUCCCCAAGAAGCUCAUCUGUCAACACUUUCGAGCCAGUAAAUGGUACAGUAAUUGACAAGGAAUUUGAGGGCCAGCGCUCAAGUGAACAACAGCUGGCAAACUCCUCGCUGGAUUGGCCAGUCGAUGGGGAACCUGUCGGCGCCGCAACGACAGAACAACCCAGAUCAUGCGUCACCAACAACAGCAUCAACUCUCCCCGCAAGGCUGAAUUCUCCAGUCCUGCGUGCCCGGUCAGGAUGGACUACCCAGAUUCUCCCACCCAGUCAAACGGUUCGAGGAAUUAUGACCAGUACUUGGAAUGCUCAAAUCCGGAACAGCCAAACCCCAGCGUACCCGCUGGCUUGGAACAGCACCAGCAAACUCUCACCCAGACAAGCUUCCAUGAGCCUAGGUCGCUGAAGGACGACGAUACAGGCGCAGUCAACUUCAGUCUGGAUAACAUACCAGGAACUCAUACCGCCGAAAGCCCGAGUUUGGAUAGCCCGGGACUUGAUCAUUUUGACACUCUCCCCUCACAAGAGCCAACCCGUCCGCAGUUUUGGCCACCGCCAGAGACGCCUGCUCCUCAGCAAAAUCCCUUCUCUAAAAACAGGUCGCAAUUACUUGCCACCUCGCAGCUCUUCAAAGGUACGCAGUACUCUUCGGCUGUGCGACCUCAGAUCAGCCCAACAUCAUCCAGGCCGUCACCACACUUCCUGAAUAAUUCAAUAUCACCCAACCCUAUCUCAUCUCCCGUCAAAUCACGGGGUUUGCCAGGUUCGAUCUUUCCGGCAACUUCAAGUCCGCCUGUCCCGUCGGGAAUCAUCUCUUCCCAACCUCGGGGGGAACAGAACCCUCUUGUUGAUGAUAUUGGGUAUGCAAAGCUUAGGCCGGCUCUGGAGCCCAUGGGCACUUAUGUGCCUAUGCAGAAGUCGCAGGAACGGCGCUCUACGUCCGAGGCACGCUCCGAGCCCCCCAGUCCGGACAGCAGUAUCGAUGGCGAUGAUGAGAUUGACCGUCGAAGGAGAGCAAGACACAAAAAGGAGGCCGCAUUGAAGCAACUUACGUCGAUCAGCUUCAGUCGCCAUCCCAGAUCAGAGAAUGUGGAAGUCCCAUCCACGAAUACCAAGAAGAGAGCCUUCCGGAUGCGGACACGGGAGUAUCUGCCGCAGGGUGGUGGUGAAGCCGAGACGAGUGAUGACUUGGAAGCCCCUGAGGAUACGGUCAAAAAUUCCCAGACGCAGCCCGAGAUACCUGGGAAUUAUAGCUCUUCACAAGCGCCGCGGUCGAUGCGGUCGACUCGGCGCAAUAAAAUGGUCCAAGGCAUCGAGAAAGCCAUAUCGAUGUCUAGUAUCCCUAGCAACCCCCCAGCCAGCUUUCCUGGAAGGAAUGUUUGCAACCUCCCUCCUAUCAGCACGGAGAUUGACUUCUCAAGUCGAGAUGCUAUUCCAGAGACAAGUCCAAUUGACAAACGCACCGGAAGGUUCUCUAGUAUGCCUGAGAAGACUUCCAGUGGCCUGCCCGAAUCAUCAUAUCCUGCUGUCAGUAGCGCCAUACCAGGAGAGCAAGGUCCCCAUGAGAUUCAGCCGGGGCCGUCGUUGUCAGCCCGAUCGUCCCCCGCUAGGCCAUCAGUUACUCAAGUAACGAAGGACAGCUGCCUUAGCCCUCCGCAAUUGGCAUCUCUGAUUCCUUGUGAGGAGGCUAUUGGAGAUUGUGGAGACUCGUCGCCCAGCCUCCCUGCUCUUAACGCAAGCCAGGUCUCGGACUUGCCAUCAUCCCCGCCGGCGCUCAGUACUAGAGCCAAGGAAAGACAGCCAGGGGCUUCCGCUGAGGAGACGCCGGCUGCGCCACCUAGCCCUCCAUGUCCUGCUCCUCUGCCAUCUACAUCCUCAUUAAGCAGCCUCAGUUCUACGCCGCCUCUAUCAACAAGCACAACGCCAGCAACACCAGCCUCGGCGUCUGCCGAGAAAGCUCCUUGCCCCAUGAGAGACGCGAACAAUUCUUCGCCUGCUGUAGCCAAGAACAGACGUCGCCUGAAACUGGGCGCUUUGCCCAAACUGAAAACGGCAGCAGAUGAUCACCUCGGAGCUUCGAGCCGGCGCAAGAGACAGCGGCUGUCGUGUUCAACAGAUGAGCUUACUCGCUCGCCGUCUCUAACUCCCACGUUUGAACAGAGCCUUCGAAACCCCAGGAUCCCGGCAUCAAGACUAGUGCGCACGUUCGCCAAGCCGCAGCCGGUGUCACGGGAGCAGAGUUGUCGGGGAACAAAGAUUUUUGAAGGCACCGCGUUUGCCAUAUCAUUCCAAUCCAAGAAGCCUAGCGAGACAGCAGAUCAGUACAGCGAGAGGAUGAAACUCGCCAAGACGAUCGAGUCGAAGAUCAGCCAGGCGGGAGGAAGGAUCGUGGAUGGCGGUUUCGACGAGCUCUUCGAGAACUUGCACGUCAAGAGUGCGACGACGAGUCCCAUCUCGCCGUCACAGCUGGACUCGGAAAUCAAACUGGUACCCGGCGCCAGGUCCCUGGGGUUCACGGCGCUGAUCGCCGAUGGGCACUCUCGCAAGGUCAAAUACAUGCAGGCGCUCGCCCUCGGCCUACCCUGCAUCGCCAGCCGGUGGGUCACGACGUGCCUGGACAGGAACGAGCUGGUCGACUGGGCGCCCUACCUGCUCUGCGCGGGCCAGUCGGCCUUCCUGGGUGACGCGAUCCGGUCGCGCAACCUCGCGCCGUACGACCCCGCCGGGGCGACGCUCGCCGGCACCGUCGAGCGGAGGCCGCGGCUCCUCGCGGGCAGCGGGAUUCUCCUCGUGAUGAAGAGGUCGGAGGAGGGCAAGAAGAUGGCCUACAUCUUCCUCGCCCGCGCCCUGGGCGCCUCGCUGUCGCGCGUGUACAGCCUCGAGGAGGCCAGGGCGAUGCUCAAGGCCGCCGAGGACCUCGGGCGACCCUUUGACUGGGUCUACGUCGACGAGAAGGUGGGCAAGGGCGCCCUCUUCAUGCCCGCCGGCGCCGAGGGCGGGGGCCGGGGCGAGAGCAGGAGCAAGAAGCGCAAAAGGGGGGCUGCCGCAGCGUCGGCUGCACCCCCGCCUGGCCCGCCGCCGAAGAAGAUACGCACCCUGAGCGACGAGCUCGUCAUCCAGAGCCUCAUACUAGGGAGGCUCAUCGAGGAGGGGGAGAUGGAGGAGUAAGUUAAGAUACACGGACUAAGCUGCAUUUUGCCUGUGUACGGAGAUGUAUCAAGAGCACGAUAAAGACGGGAGUGCUUGGUGGCAACCUCCUAACUCACCUUGUAGAGUUUUCAGAGACCAAGGUCGCUUGGGCCGUGUAAUAUAGAGAACCAAGAGUGAUGCUAGAAAUGUCUCGGGCACCUCACGCAUAGGGGGGCAUAUAGUGUCCAAGGGGAUAGAGAUGCACCAAAGUGUGUAUUAUCGACGUUAUUGGUACAUAAUAAUGUGACACUUUAAGUUGUGG